UAUAUAUAUAUAUUGUGAUGUGAUGUGAUUGCUCAAUGCUGAGUUUAGCAAUCACUGUAUUGAGUAACUGUUUUAUUUAGCCACACUGCAAAAUGUUUUUUAUUUGGUCAAAGAUCACUUCAUGUAAACCUAUUGGGAUUUUGAAUCAGCACUUGAGCAAAGGGAAUUGUAAACAUUUUAAUUGUGUUGUAAAGACAGAAGCACAUGAAGACUUGCAGAUGUGUAACUUUUCUUGUUGUUCCCAAACAUCAAAGAUUUGUAGAUGUUUGUGUAUUGAUUUUUAACAAUGCUUUCCCCCCCUGAGUUAUACUGUAAUGAGGCUGUAUUGUGUUUACAUGAUGGUUAAGGAAAUUAUUAAUCUUAUUGGUCAUGAAAUACACAAAAAAAUAAAACGUUUGUGAUUACAGCAAAUAACCGUUAUGGUCUUUUUCAUCUGUUUGCUACUUUAACUGCUUAAAUAUGCUCUGAUAUGGUCUUCUUCAUAAUUACAGUUGAUGGAUAGCAAACAGUGAUUCUAAGAUAUACUCGCCUUUCAUUUAAUAGAAGUACUUUUAAUUGGAUGUGUUUGUCACAAAUUUUGACAUUUCUAUUUCAGGUAACUGGUAGCGUCUUAUGGCUGGCAAUUUCAGUUCAUUUAAAAAGUUUCUAAGGCAGGUCAGAGAGAUACAGUGAGCUCUUGCAGACUAUGUUUGAAUUGCUGGUUCCAUUAGAGUUCCAUUUUAAUUUCAGUGUGUGAAGAGUGCUGCAAAGUUAUAGCAGCAAGUUGAAGAGACUCUAAGGUCUUCAUGACAAACCCUUCUCCUUGUAAAGACACUUUAACAACCAACAGACACUUGAAGGCCUAUACCACUGAAAACGUUUGGACUACUGGAAAUCUUCGCUUCAUCGCUCAGGAUCUUUGUACGCCGUCAAGUAGGCAAAAGGGUGGUUCCACAGUGUGUGGCAUCAACUGUUUGCCUGCCCGGCGGCCUGCCACUACAUUCUGUAAAGAAAGCUUAUCAUGUGAUUUUCUUUUUUAUGGUUAUAGUACCGCCGUCAGACUCUCACUCUAUUCUUACUCUCAGUUACUGUUUUACAAAGUUGGGGAGCUGCAUAUGUUUAAAAUUUUGCUAUUGCACAAUAUGAUGAGUUAAGAAAAUCUGCUGUGUAAUUCAAAGCAGUCCCUUUUUAAAGCUUCUGCUCAAUAGAUUUCAUGAAGCUAGAACUUCGCCUUAACUCAUCCCCCUUCUCAUGUAGAGCUGUCCAAUCACAUUUGGGAACCUCCCACCAGAGGAGUUGCUCAGUUUAAUGCAGUUUUUUUUUUCUUUUCCAAUUUUCAUCAGACAUUUCUGCUCUACUUCGCUGAACUUAGCUUAACAUAAUUUGUGUGUUCACAACACUGCACCUGGGUUUGAAAAAGCUGCAUUCAAGGUCCAACAUUGAGUUUUUUAUUUUCUUCAAACCAGUGUGUUGCUAUGGAUGAAAGUGGAAUAAGGAAGAGAAAGGAGUCACAGAAUGGCUCCACUGACCUUACCAAAGACAACAAGGAGGUGGUGAAGGCCGUUGCCCUUCAAAAAGAUGUUGGUCUGCUGAGUGGCAUUUGUCUCAUUGUGGGGACUAUGAUUGGCUUAGGCAUUUUCAUUUCCCCAAAGUCUGUUUUGCUGUACUCGGGAGCUGUGGGACCUUGCCUCCUAAUCUGGACUGCUUGCGGCGUGUUAUCUACUCUUGGAGCACUGUGUUAUGCUGAACUUGGAACCAUGAUCACCAAAUCAGGCGGCGAGUACCCCUGUUUCAUGGAGGCUUUUGGCUCUAUUGUUGCCUACCUUUACUCCUGGACAACUAUUAUGGUGUUAAAGCCUUCAUCCUUUGCUAUCAUCACACUGAGCUUUGCAGAAUAUGCCUCUACUCCUUUCUACCCUGGCUGCUCUCCACCUCUAAAUGUCACCAAGUGUCUAGCAGCAGCGGCUAUAUUGACCAUCACAUCCAUCAACUGUUUAAGUGUCAAACUGGCAAGUUACGUGCAAAACUUCUUUACUGCAGCCAAACUUAUAAUCAUUCUUGUCAUAGUUGGAGCAGGAAUCGUUCUGUUGGCACAAGGAAAAACAGAGAAUUUUUCAAAUGCUUUUGAUGGCACUGCAACAUCUUUUGGAGCAAUUGGACUUGCAUUUUAUAAUGGGCUUUGGGCUUAUGAUGGAUGGAACCAACUAAAUUUCAUCACAGAAGAGCUAAAAAACCCAGUUAGGACCUUACCACUGGCGAUUGUUAUUGGGAUUCCUUUGGUUACUGUGUGCUAUAUUUUGGUCAAUGUUGCUUACUUCACUGUUAUGACCACAACUGAACUGCUUUUGUCUCCAGCGGUUGCUGUGAGUGAGAGGCACCCUGAACCAAACGGCUACUACAGCAUUCUGCAGGGCCAUGGAGUACUCUCUGAUAUGCGCCUAGUUGGUCAGGGGUUCAUCCUGCAGUAA